AUGGUAACUCUGGCAGCAACUGACACUAGAUCAACAGUUCUUCUCGCUACUUGCAAGGCCGUCAUAGUCUCUCCAGAUCAAACUACAACAUCAGUUCGCCUUCUCAUCGACCCUGGAUCUGAACUAACGCUGGUUUCAACCAAUAUAGUAAAAAGGGCCAAGUUAUACUGUCAAGCCGCAGAGAUUCCCAUCAUGGGUGUUGGUAACCAAAGGUCUAACACAACUAGUGGCCAGACGAGACUAUUGUUACAGUCAUGCAACUCUAACAAACAAGUCUGUAUCCGCGCUUACGCGUUGCCUCAGAUCACCUCUCGAAUCCCAUCAGUGGCCAUUCCAGACCAACAUUGGCCCCAUUUAAACACAUUAGAACGAGCCGAUCCAGACUUUUUACAACCUGGAAAUAUGGACGUUCUCAUUGGAGCAGAUACCCUCAAUUGUAUUCUUGAGCCGUCUCAAAUCAUCAAGAGCCACUUGGAUGAACCAAUUGCUAUUCACACAGUUUUUGGAUGGGCCUUUCUAGGACCAGCUUCAUCUCAGCUUAGUGAUCAAGCACUACGAUCCUUGCAUAUAGUAACAAAUGACCAGCUUCAAGACUCACUCAACCGAUUCUGGGUCCAAGAAGAAGUCCCAGAACCAGCAAAACCAUCCUGGAGUUUACUCGACACCCAAUGUGAGGAUCACUAUGUCAGCACGCACUCAAGAAAUUCCGAAGGCCGCUAUGUUGUACGCAUUCCACUGUCCUCAGACGUCUCGCAACUUGGAGAUUCUAGACAUACAGCUUACAGAUGUCUUUUAAGACUUCUUAAACGUUUAGACUCCAAUGAAUUACUUAACCAACGCUACUUUGACUUUAUGCAGGAGUACGAGACCUUAGGACAUAUGGUAUCCGUCCCCAAAGACGAUCCUGAGCCACAACACGUUUAUUAUCUACCUCACCACGGAGUUCUUCGGGAACAAAGCAUUUCUACGAAACUCAGAGUGGUGUUCAAUGGCUCCUGCAAAACCACGUCCCAAGUAUCCCUAAAUGACAUACAGCACACUGGUCCAAAGACACAACGAAACAUUAUAGACGUGUUACUUUGGAUCAGACGUCACAAGUACAUAUUCAUGACUGACAUAGUGAAAAUGUUUCGUCGAGUAGAGGUCCAUCCAGACGACUGGGACUUGCAGCGCAUUCUCUGGGUCAACAAACAGCUCGAUGUUCAAGCAUAUCAACUGAAGACAAUUACGUAUGGUACUCGUUCUGCUCCGUACCUAGCUUGUAGAACGCUUAUCCAACUAAUAGAAGACGAACGAGAGAACUAUUCAUUGGCAGUAGAUUCUAUUUUAAAAGGUAGCUACGUAGACGACAUCUCUGGUGGAGCUGAUUCAAUUGAACAUCUCAACUUAAUUGCUCAGCAACUGAACAGUAUGUGUGCAUCAGCAUGCCUACCAUUAGACAAGUGGAAAAGUAAUAGUCAAGAAUUCAUAAUCCCAUCGGCAUCUCAAUUGAUAGACAAAUCAACGGUUUACACGUUCAACGAACCAUUGUCUAAAGUCCUAGGCAUAUCGUGGUCGUCUUCUCAAGAUGCGUUUACGUUUCAAGGCAGCACAUCUGAACGGGGAGCAAUAACAAAGAGAGCGAUUCUCUCAGAGGUAGCUCAGCUCUUUGAUCCAUUAGGCCUAAUCUCACCGGUUGUCAUUCGAGCCAAGAUAUUGCUUCAACAGCUAUGGUUGGAAAAGUUGAGCUGGGAUGAGCCACUUUGCCCGGACACAAUUAACCAAUGGACCAAGUUUCGGGAAGAUAUCUCGAAACUCACUGAGUUACAAGUCCCAAGGUGGGUCCAACUUCAAUCAGACUCCUAUUCUGUACAAUUGCACGGCUUUUCUGAUGCCUCCCAGCUAGCAAUGGCUGCAGUUGUCUAUCUUAGAGUAACCAACCAAGAAGGGAACUCAAAAGUCACACUAGUAUGCUCAAAAACUAAAGUAGCUCCAAUCAAGCGGUUGACUAUCCUCAGACUUGAACUGUCUGCUGCAGCCCUUCUUUCACAUCUCAUGAGACACAUUCAAUCAACUUUAGAUAUCCAGGACAUCCCAGUUUUCUUAUGGACUGACUCGUCUAUAACGCUCGCAUGGGUAAAAAAUAAUCCCAUGAAAUGGAAGGAAUAUGUUGGCAACCGAGUCGCCUCUAUUCAUCAAGCAUUACCAAACGCCAACUGGAGAUACACUUCAGGAAAACUUAAUCCAGCAGACUGUGCCUCUCGAGGACUAGACGCUCAUCAACUUAUUAACCAUCCUCUGUGGUGGUCUGGACCUCCAUGGUUAGCGAAAUCUCCUGAGCAUUGGCCAACAUCUAUAGCUCCAUCUCCUACUGAAGACCUAGAAGAGCGACCUGGCAUCUCUCUAGCAGCUAUUAUCCAACCUACUGUCUGGGACCUUAUUGACCUACCAUGUGUAGAUACUUUCCACAAGGAUCUACAAAAGCUUCUACGAAUAACUGCAUUAUGUCAACGAGCCAUCUCCUGCUUCCGAAGAAUUCCAAACUCAAGCGUGUCCAUCUCACCGAUAAGUCCAGCUGAUCUAGAAAAAGCCAGAAUUUUUUGGAUAAAAACUACCCAGCAAGCAUACUUUUCUUCAGAGAUCAGCACCAUCAAUUCAGGGAAACAGUUACCAAAGUCCCAUGCCCUCUCUCGACUAACAGCCAGAUUAGAUCAUCAAGGCUUGCUAAGAGUUGGAGGUCGCUUACAAAAUUCUCUACUCGAUGAGGAAAGCAAACACCCACUCAUACUACCUCGUCAAUGCAAGCUUUCUGAACUUCUCAUCGCUGACGCUCAUACACGAACUCUACAUGGCGGGACACAGUUGACACUAACAUAUCUGCGACGUCAAUGCUGGAUUUUGGGGGGCCGAGCUCCUAUCAAGUCAUUCAUUCAACGCUGCCUAGUGUGUGCUCGAAUUCGAGCUGUGAGAACUCAACAACGAAUCGCACCCCUUCCUGCGUCUCGAGUCACUCCAUCACUGGUAUUUGAAACAACUGGAGUUGAUUAUGCUGGAUCAAUAACUUUAAAGACCUUCCAAGGCAGAGGAACUAAGACGUUUAAAGGAUGGAUAGCAGUCUUCGUGUGCUUCUCAACGUCAGCUAUACAUCUGGAACUUGUCUCAGACUACUCAACAGAAGGCUUCCUAAAAGCAUUUCGAAGGUUUACAAGUAGACGAGGACUUUGUAAGACUCUACACAGUGAUUGUGGAACAAAUUUCAAGGGAGCUGAUAAAGAACUCCAACGUCUAUUCUCGAAAGCCACUCAAAGCUCGAAGGACAUGCAUCGUCUCCUAGCUAACGAUGGAGUAGACUGGAAAUUCAACCCACCAGCAGCUCCACACAUGGGUGGAAAAUGGGAAGCUGCUGUCAAGUCAGUAAAACGUCAUCUCCAACGGUCCCUCUCUGACACGAGCUUCACCUUUGAAGACUUCUCAACCUUUCUCGCACAAGUGGAAGCAGUUUUAAAUUCACGACCACUGAGCGCACUAUCAGAUGAUCCAAACGACCUCUCAGCUCUCACGCCGGGUCACUUUAUCAGAGGAGCCCCACUCAACGCAGUCCCGGAACCUUCUCUUACUUCCAUAAGUGAAAAUCGACUAUCUCAUUUUCAACGCAUUCAAGAGAGAUUCCAGCAGUUCUGGGAUCGAUGGUCAACAGAGUUCCUUAUGGCUCAUCAAACGAUUUCAAAAUGGCACCAUCAAGCAGACGAUAUCAAGAUUGGCUCUCUCGUAUUAAUAACUGACGAAAGAUAUCCACCGUCAAAGUGGCCUUUAGCUCGAGUAGUCCAGCUGCACCCCGGAAAAGAUGGUCUCACUAGAGUUGUAACACUUAAAACUGCUACAACUGCUCUUACCAGACCAAUAGUUAAGCUAGCUCUUCUCCCAUUAGUACCGCAUCAAGAAGAUUCUCCAUAA